AUGGAUUCUCCGAACAGCAAGGCAGACACGAUUCCUACUAUUUGUAGUCACAUUUUACCACAAGAAGCGCCAUCGCGUUACCUACCGUUUCUGGAAGCAGGUUUCUGGCCCGGUACAACACCCCUAUCACCCUUUUUCGUCGGCCCCAUGAACAGAGAAGUACCACCCUUUUGGCCUGUACCUUGGCUUCCACAGUUGUGGUCCCCUUCCCAAACUUCAAAGACUGCUAGUAGACCAGUGUUACCGCCUUCUGCAGCAACGAGUCCAAGUCCAGAAGGAUCUCAAGUAACUAAUGGAUCUGCUUCAGAAAAUGAAGUAAUAGCUUCUUAUAGAACCUCAUCUCUGAACAGUUCUCCAGCAGUUAAUGGGAGUCCACAUCUAAGUCUGCACCGAGCAAGAGCUCCCCCCAUCGUUGAUCCAAUCCUUGCAUUGACGUCUAUUGAAGCAUCCCCGGUGAUAUCAAGAGCAUUGGCAUCAACAUUACCUCGUCGACCUCGCAGUGAAAAAAGGCCAAUUCCAGAAGAGCAAAAAGAUGACAAAUACUUCGAAAGGCGGAAAAGGAACAACAUGGCUGCCAAGAAAUCUCGUGAUGCGAGAAAAGCGAGGGAGGACGAAAUCGCCCUGAGGGCAUGCUUCUUGGAGAAAGAAAACGCCAUUUUGAGAGCCCAAGUAACCACCCUGAGAGAAGAAGCUCAAUCUCUGAGACAACUGUUGCUACAGAAAAGACACUCGGAGUGGUGCAAAACGUAA